AAUCUGAGGCUGAAUUGAAGAGCGGAGAAUCGAGAGAAGCAAAAAGGUUUUCGCGAGAACGAUGCCGUGCUUGAACCUGUCGACCAACGUGAAUCUGGAGGGAGUGGACACCUCCGCAAUCCUCUCCGAAGCUUCGUCUUCUGUAGCUAAGAUCAUCGGAAAGCCGGAGGCUUAUGUGAUGGUUUUGUUGAAAGGAUCUGUGCCAAUGGCGUUUGGAGGGACAGAGGAGCCUGCUGCAUACGGAGAGCUUCUCUCAAUUGGUGGUCUGACUCCUGAUGUGAACAAGAAGCUGAGUGCUGCUAUUGCCGAAAUACUCGAGACAAAGCUAUCUGUUUUGAAAAAGCGAUUCUACCUCAAAUUCUAUGAUACCAAAGCCGGUCAGAGCCAAGAAUAUGCACAAUGUCUACAUGCUUUACACCAGCAUUAAAUCAUGGUUCCAUGGUUGGAUGGAAUGGAUCGACCUUCUAGAGCUAUGCACUCUUUAUCUGAUAUAUUUACUGCCUGUUUCGACAAAUUUAUGCACUGCAGAAGUUUCCCUGUAUUUCAGGUGAUGUAUUUGGCAUUCUGACUGACAAUGGACAUGUUAUAUAUUGUCAAUGCUCUUUAAUUUAGUGUGUUUUUAACAA